AUGGUGGUACAAGAUGCUCUGCUGGAUGUGUCGGCCUGCUGGGGGUAUGAGAAGAACUGUGGCCCAGAGAACUGCUUUGGCUAUCCUGUCUGCACCAGGGUUGACGCCGGAUGGGCCAGCUCAUUGGAGGCAUCCCAGGAGCUGUUCUGGAAACAGGCAGACUUUGGUUACGUCACGGAACGCCUCAGUGAGAUGAAGACUCUGCAAGGCCACCAAUCCUACUCGUCUCUGAAAUGCACCAGCCACACUCGCUUCUGCAGGGCAACCAAUCUGUACUUGGACCUGCGGAACCCUCGCAGGGGUCAUGAGAGGUCAGUGUACCCUUGGGGGACACGUCUUAAUGUGAUGGAUCAACCUGAAUGUGUGUUUUUGGCAGGGGUUAACAUGUACCAUCAUUUCUGUGACUUUGUCAACCUGUACAUCUCCCAGCACAUCAACAACUCCUUCAGCAGAGACAUCAAAAUCCUCAUGUGGGACACAAGUUUUUAUGGAUAUGGGGAUCUGUUCAGUGAGACCUGGAAGGCUUUCUCUGACUAUGACAUCAUCCAUCUGAAAACUUUUGACACUAAAAGGGUGUGCUUCAAAGAUGUGGUGUUCUCCCUGCUCCCCAGGAUGAGAUAUGGGCUGUUCUAUAACACACCUCUGAUAUCUGACUGCCACAGUGAAGGGAUGUUCAGGGCCUUCUCCCAGUAUGUUCUAUAUCGACUCAACAUUCCACAGGAUGGGCCCAAGGAGGGGAGGAUUCGUGUCACGUUGUUAGCACGCAGCACAGACUAUCGUAAGAUAUUAAACCAGCAGGAGCUCACAAAUGCCCUGAAGACCGUGCCUUUACUCCAGGUCAAAGUGGUGGAUUACAAAUACAAGGACGUCCCGUUCCUGGAACAACUCAGUAUUACCCACAACUCUGACAUCUUCAUCGGGAUUCAUGGGGCGGGACUUACUCACCUGCUCUUCCUCCCUGAUUGGGCCGUCAUCUUUGAACUAUAUAACUGUCAGGAUGAGAGCUGCUAUCGAGAUCUGGCUCGGCUGCGGGGGAUCCGAUAUGCGACUUGGCAAAAAAGGGACAAAGUGUUCCCAGAGGAUAAGGGUCAUCAUCCCACCCUGGGGGAGCAUCCUAAAUUCACCAACUACUCCUUUGAUGUGGAGGAGUUCUUGCGUCUGGUGCUGAAAGCAGCAGGCUACGUCCUGGACCACCCCGAGUGGAAGCCCCGGCCCAGCCGUGAUGAACUGUAGGCCCCCAGCAGCAGAAGGAACAGGACAGUCGGGUGAAGUCAAACCCCUGGACUCAAACACAGCCAUCUUAGAAAUCUAAAAGUACAUUUGAACACUUAAGACGUUGUAUAUUAUCAAGGUUAAAUUUAAGUUUACAACAUCGCUUUUCAGCUAUUUAUUACCUGCCAACACAGCCCAGGGUACAUCUCAAUAGAGAUACUAAAGACCAAUCAAAUGGCCUUGGCAAACCUUAUGAGUGCCUGCUACCAUUUUCCUUGCUAGAGAAAAGUAUAUACUCCUUACAACAAUUGCCAAAUUUGUAUUACGUGCUGCCACUGGUGUGGUUGCCUUUAGAAAGAACAUUUGUUUCAUUUCUCAACAAUUUGCUAUUUUCUGCAUUUUCUGAUAAAGUUGUGUGUGACAGGCAGGGAUGUAAUUUUCAGCAUGUUGUGUAUGCACCAGUUUGAACAACACUUCAGAAUGGUCUUUGCAGGUAUUUUGUAGUCCCUAUCGCACACAAACUAUCGAAUUAAUCUAAAGCUCAAUGUUUUAUUUAUGAGAAAGGGAGUCAGACCUUUUGGUCGAUGUUUUGCAAAGACUUGUAAAGUCAUUUUAU